UCAUAUAUUUCUAAGUUAUUGGCUUUACAGUAACGUACUUUUAUGUAUUUUGAAAAGUAGUAAAUAGUAAAUUCGUGACAUUGUAUUUUAAUCUUUGAAUAGUAAUUUAAUCAUUCGGUAAUUAAUGAUUAUAUAAGUACACGUGAUAUAUGUUCUUAGUUAUCUGGAAAACUGUUUAUUUGAAUCUACUGUAAAGAUGUCGACUAGUGCUCUUUUUGGUAAUAGUGCUGUUCGUAACGCCAGUAAAAACCUUGUCGAAUUUAAAGCUGGAAAGAUGAUAAUGAAAGGUAAAAUAGUUUAUCCAGACAGUAGGAAAGGUCAACUUUAUGUUUAUCAGUCAGAUGAUUCUCUUAUGCAUUUUUGCUGGAAAGAUAGGUCCACUGGUGUUGUUGAGGAUGAUCUCAUAAUAUUUCCUGAUGACUGUGAAUUCAAAUAUGUAUCACAAUGUAAAACUGGCAGAGUCUAUCUUCUAAAAUUUAAAUCUUCGAGUAGAAAAUUUUUUUUCUGGUUACAGGAUGUCAAGACUGAAAAAGAUGAAGAAUACUGUCGAAAAAUCAAUGAAGUUCUUAAUAAUCCGCCUGCACCAGGUUCACAGAGAAGCAGUGGAGCUAAUCCUGAAGGAGAUAUCCAAAAUUUACUGAGUAAUAUGUCGCAACAACAGCUGAUGCAGCUAUUUGGUGUAGGACAAAUAGGAAGUCUUGGAAAUUUAUUGGGAAAUAUAAAUAGACCUUUCAGUGGCAACAGAAUUUCUACACCAACAUCUUUGAAUCCUGUAACAACAAGUGCCAGGUCUGCAGCCUCUCUCAUUUCCAGUCCUGUUACAACGGAAGCGCCAACACAAAAAUCUACAGGUAAUAAAUUACGAAUAAAAUUUAAAAAAUUUAUUAGUAUUGACCUUUUUAUCUUCAUAGGAAAUAACAUAUCUCAUUCAACACGGACUGAUACUUCUCUGUCAUCAUCGAAUGAUGAUACACGGAUUCGCUUAACUGAUUUACAAAAUUUUCUCUCUGGAAUUACACCACAUUGUUCAGAACAAUCUUUUCAGGGAGGCAUGCCCAACGAGCUAAGCACAGUUAUUUCGGCAGCUUUUGUGGUAAAUGAAAAUCUUGAAAAAAUUACAAGUAAAUAUCUACCACCUGGAGACAAUCUUUCGACAACAUUAUCUUCACCUCAGUUUUCUCAAGCUUUAUCUUUGUUUUGGACUGCUUUGGAAUCUGGACAAGCCGCUCCUGUAAUUCAACAAUUUGGUUUGAGUUCAGAAGUAGUCAAAGCUGCAACAACCGGUAACAUUCUACAAUUUAUAAUUGCCCUUGAAGAUGGAGGUGAAAGCCAUCGUAAGAAUUCUUCAAAAUCUGUUCAAGAAGAAAAUCAAGACAAAUCACAACAGCAUCAGCAAUCCUCUCAAAUCUCCGGUUCUUCAUCAGAACCUAAGAAAGAUGAUGAUGACGAAGGCAUGGCUCUUGAUUAACUUUACACUUGAAAUUCUUUCAAAAUCUUUUGAAAAAUUUAUUAAUUAUAUGUCAGUUUUAUAUUUAUUCAUAUUACAGAAAUCCCAAUAAGAAAAUAAACUCUUGACAUUCAUAUCAUUAGUUUCAUCGU